AUGGGUAAAAAGAAGAAGAACGACGAUGGCUGCUCGUCGUCGUCUUCUCAAAAACAAAGUGUUAAUCAAUCAACUUCGACAUCAAAAGACGAUUAUUCUGUUUCAUUUGUAAAAUCAGAAGAAGAUGACGUGGCAACUACCAUCAAAGAUAAAACAGCUUCUUUGAAAUCGAAUGCAACUCAUUUCUCAGCUGCUUCUGCGGCAAAAGGGGGCAUGUUAUGCUGUCGGUCAUUAUUCUCUCGUCGACGAAUUCUUCAUUCCCGUACAGUUCGUGUUGGAUAUGGACCAGUUGGACAUGAUGCAAAUGUUACAUUUUCACCGAAUACUGUAUGCAAUCAAAAAUAUAACAUUUUCAGUUUUGUGCCAAUUGUAUUAUUCCAACAGUUCAAAUUCUUCUUGAAUUUAUAUUUCCUUCUGAUGGCGUGCUCUCAAUUCAUUCCUGCAAUACAAAUUGGUGCGCCAAUCACAUAUUGGGGACCACUUGGAUUCGUUCUGACAAUAACUCUGAUUCGUGAAGCUUUUGAUGAUUUCGUUCGAUAUCUCAGAGAUCGAGAUCUCAAUUCGGAAAAAUAUGAGAAAUUGACUCGAGAUGGAACACGUGUUGAAAUUCGUUCAGCUGAUAUUGAAGUUGGAGAUGUUAUCAUAAUGCACAAAGAUCGUCGUGUACCUGCUGACGUUGUAUUGCUUCGAACGACAGAUAAAUCCGGUGCUUGCUUCAUUCGAACUGACCAAUUAGAUGGUGAAACCGACUGGAAACUGAGAAUCCCCAUUCCGUACACACAACAUUUGCCGAAUGAAGCUGACAUUAUGGAAUUGAAUUGUGAAGUUUAUGCUGAAAAACCACAGAAAGAUAUUCAUGCAUUUGUUGGAACAAUGAAAAUCACUGUCGACGACAGCGUUCAAGAUGGAUCCCUGAACGUUGAGAAUGUUCUUUGGGCAAAUACAGUCGUCGCUUCUGGAACAGCUGUUGGAAUUGUUGUAUACACUGGAAGAGAAACAAGAUCUGUGAUGAACACGACAUUACCAGAAAGCAAAGUUGGAUUGCUCGAUUUGGAGGUUAACAAUUUGACAAAAUUGUUGUUUAUCUUCGUACUGAUGCUCUCUACCGUCAUGGUUAUUAUGAAAGGUCUCGACAAUCUUUGGUAUCGUUAUCUGAUGCGUUUCAUCCUCCUCUUCUCCUACAUUAUUCCAAUUUCCCUUCGUGUCAACUUGGAUAUGGCUAAACUGUUCUACUCAUGGCAAAUCGGACGAGACAAACACAUUCCAGAAACAGUGAUUCGAUCAUCAACAAUUCCAGAAGAAUUGGGACGAAUCUCAUUUCUUUUAUCGGAUAAGACUGGAACACUGACAAAAAAUGAAAUGCAUUUUAAGAAGAUUCAUUUGGGAACUGUUGCUUUCAGUAGUGAUGCAUUUGAAGAAGUUGGACAACAUGUGAAAAGUGCUUAUGCUGGAAGAUUGGCUAAACAUUCCUUCUCUGCCAAACUACAAAAUGCCGUCGAAGCGAUUGCUCUCUGUCACAAUGUCACACCAAUUUUCGAGAACGGAGAGACUUCUUAUCAAGCUGCUAGUCCUGAUGAGGUUGCUCUUGUAAAAUGGACUGAAACUGUUGGUGUCCGUCUGGCGAAUCGUGAUCUUCAUGCAAUGUCUUUGAGUGUUCAACUUCCAAAUGGACAAACUCUCAUGAAACAAUUCCAAAUUCUCCACGUUUUUCCAUUCACUUCUGAAACGAAAAGAAUGGGAAUUAUUGUGAAAGAUGAGACAACCGACGAAGUAACUCUUUUGAUGAAAGGAGCUGAUACUGUGAUGUCUGGAAUGGUACAAUAUAAUGAUUGGUUGGAUGAGGAAUGCUCAAAUAUGGCGAGAGAGGGAUUGAGAACACUUGUUGUUGCACGGAAACCACUUUCAACUGCUGAACUGGAAGCAUUCGACAGAGCUUAUCACGCGGCGAAAAUGUCGAUUUCGGAUAGAUCUCAAAAUAUGGCGAAUGUGGUCAAUAGAAUGCUGGAAAGAGACUUACAGUUGCUUUGUUUGACUGGUGUUGAGGAUAGACUUCAGGAUCAGGUGACAACCUCUCUCGAACUGCUUCGUAAUGCUGGAAUCAAGAUAUGGAUGUUGACUGGAGACAAGUUGGAAACUGCUAUUUGUAUCGCUAAAUCGUCUGGACUUUUCUCCCGAUCUGACAAUAUCCACGUAUUCGGAAACGUUCACAAUCGAACUGAUGCCCACAAUGAAUUGAAUAAUUUGAGACGAAAAACAGAUGUUGCGUUGGUUAUGCCUGGAAGUGCUCUGAAUGUUUGUCUUCAAUAUUACGAAGCUGAAGUUGCUGAAUUGGUUUGUGCGUGUACUGCAGUGGUUUGUUGUCGAUGCUCACCAGAACAGAAGGCUCAGAUAGUCCAAUUGUUGAGGAAGUACAGAGCUCCGUUAAGAGUUGCAGCUAUUGGUGAUGGAGGUAACGAUGUAUCGAUGAUUCAAGCCGCUCAUGCUGGAAUUGGAAUAGAUGCCAAUGAAGGAAAACAAGCAUCUCUUGCUGCGGAUUUCUCGAUCACUCAAUUCUCUCAUGUCUGUCGUCUCCUGUUGGUUCAUGGAAGAUUCUGCUACAAACGAUCGUGUGCUCUAUCCCAAUUCGUGAUGCAUCGCGGUUUGAUAAUCUCAACAAUGCAAGCAAUCUUCUCGUGUGUCUUCUACUUUGCAUCAGUUUCUCUUUAUCAAGGUGUUCUUAUGGUUGCUUAUUCAACAUGUUAUACAAUGCUUCCCGUCUUCUCGCUAGUCGUUGAUCGUGAUGUCACUGCCACAAAUGCUCUUACAUAUCCUGAAUUAUAUAAAGAACUGGGCAAAGGAAGAUCACUUUCUUAUAAAACUUUCUGCAUCUGGGUCCUCAUUUCGCUUUAUCAAGGUGCCGUAAUCAUGUACGGUGCUCUUCUGGUAUUCGACGCUGACUUCAUUCAUGUCGUAUCGAUCUCAUUCUCUGCUUUGAUUGUUACUGAAUUAAUUAUGGUUGCAAUGACAGUACAUACGUGGCACUGGGCUAUGCUUCUCGCACAGGCUCUCUCGCUGGGACUCUAUAUGAUCUCACUCAUCCUAUUCGACCAAUAUUUCGAUCGACAAUUCGUCCUUUCAUGGGUUUUCAUUUCAAAAACGACUGCAAUCACCGCUGUUUCAUGUCUCCCAUUAUAUAUUGUCAAGGCACUUCGACGCAAAUUCUCACCACCGAGUUAUGCGAAAGUCAAUUAA